UCAGGAUCUCAGCAAGGCUGGGAAAGGAGAGCCUUGUAGGACAAUUAAGUUGCUGUAGAUUGGUGUUGAAUGACCAACCUAAGCUGCAGUUGGCAGUGUGACCAUCAGGUGGCAGUAUCCUUCUUUUGUUCUCUCCGGAUGGCUCAAGUUGGGCUCGACGGGCUGUAGGCCACAUCGCUGGGGAAGCAAUGUGAACGAUUAGCCGUAUAAAAUCCAGGCUUUUUAGAGGGAAGCAUCAAAAAUGGGGAAAAGAGACAACAGGGUGGCGUAUAUAAACCCUAUAGCUGUUGCUAGAGCUCGAGGGCCAGCUCCGUCGACAGGGCCUUCCAUACAGGAUUACCUGAACAGACCCAGGCCUACGUGGGAAGAGGUCAAGGAACAGUUGGAGAAGAAAAAGAAGGGCUCACGGGCCCUGGCUGAAUUUGAAGAAAAAAUGAAUGAGAAAUGGAAAAAGGAACUUGAAAAAAAUAGAGAGAAGGUGCUCGGUGGAAGUGAAAGCGCUUCAAAAAAGAAAGAAAAAAAGCGUAAAGAAAAGAAAAAAUCCAGCAGGGUGAGAAAAACAUUUCAAAUUACCAUCAGAAACAAAACCGCGCAGCAUUUAAUGUGACUCCAAGUUACAAUGGGUGUGUUCUAGCACUUGCCA